AUGAUCAAACGCCUACCACCAGGCUACCUGAAGUGCUUAAAUGAUAUAACUCCAAAUGGAGCAGCUUUACAAGCUGGUGGACAAGUCUGGUCUAGUAUUUCACAAUUAUUAACAUGGUCUUAUGUUAAUUGUAAUUAUACGAAAUUGGCUUGGCGUUCAUUAUUUAAAAAUACAUUCGCUAAUUAUGCAAAACUAUUUCCUUCUAUUUGGUACAAUAUUUGGAGUGGACCUGAUGGAAUAUUAUCAACAGAUGGUUCCACAUGGUCUAGUCCAGUUACACCUAUGACUGAUUUUCCAGUGAUGAAUUCAAAUCCUCAUGUCAUGUCACUAUUUGCAACAUUAAAAAUGGCUGCUCAGAUUCAACCAUCAUUCAAUGGUAAUGGAUUAUCUAUAGAUUUGACACAUUGUAAAACUAAUUUUAAUCUAAAUUUUCCUUUAAUUCAAUUGAAUUUGAAUCUAUCAAUGGGAUUGAAAGGUAUUUAUCGUGCAGCGAAUGAUGGAAAGUUAAAUUUAUAUAUAAUCAAGCCAAAUUUUCAAUCAAUUGUUAUAUCAUUAGCUUUUGUGAAUGGACAAGAAUUAUCAUUUGAAACACUUUUUUAA